UAUGAUCUCAAAUAACCUCAAAAAAAGUUUGAAUUUUAAGAACAUUUUUCGUAUGUUUAAUAGUAUAAGAAAUGUAUUUUUUUCGUGUGCGGUAGGAAGUGCAAUAAAAAAGUUAAUUCAGAAAGAGUUGUACCAUAAAAAUAUGUCCAAAUUUUCGAAUUUGAACCCCCCAGACCACGUACGUGGCAUGACUAUUUUAGACAAGUCCAAGUUUAACAAGAUGAUAAACGUUCCUGUUAUUAAAAUAAGAGGUUUGAAAGUGUCGGAUGUGCUACCGUUUUUAAAAAAUUAUCUACUGAAACUUGAAAAGUUUCAGCCUGUUACUACAACAAAUAAUUCCGAAGUGCACGUUUUACUUAACCCCGAAAUCAUCAAAGGAUGGUUAGAUAUUUUAUUAGAAGAUCGCGAGUCUUUAGAGUUAAUAAACGUCAAAGAAGAGAAUUUAGAUUUCCAUAUGUUCACUUUAACGUAUGAAAAUUUCUCGGCAAAUACAAUUUUAAAAGCAGUUUUACCUGUGGAUAAAGAGGGUCUUAGUAGUUUCUCUAAAAUCGGACAUAUCGUUCAUAUAAACCUUCGGGAGCAUCUUCUCCCCUACAAGUCCUUUAUCGGGCAAGUGUUAUAUGACAAAGUACCAAACAUGGAAGUUUUAUGCGGUUACAACGAAAUGAUGGUAAAAGUUAAAGAAAACAAGUGCUUUUUUGAGUUUGAUUUUUCGUUCGUCUAUUGGAAUCCUCGUCUGUGUACCGAACACGAAAGAAUCAUAAAUUUAUUACACGAAAACGACGUUUUGUUUGAUAUAUUUGCAGGUGUAGGUCCCUUUGCUAUUCCUGCUGCUAAGAAGAAAUGCAUAGUUUAUGCCAAUGAUUUGAAUCCGGAGUCGUACAAAUGGCUCAAUCAUAAUGCUUCUCUUAACAAAAUUCGAAGUAAAAACUUGCAGACAUUUUCAAAAGACGGUCGGGACUUUAUUUUGACCGAUUUAAAAACUAAUCUUAAAAAAUAUAUCGUAAAAAACGAAACUAAUAAAGACGAGACAUGUUCUGUUCAUAUAACUAUGAAUUUACCGGCAUUAGCUGUCCAAUUUGUUAAAAACUUUUAUGGCCUCUACACUCCCGAGGAAUUAAAUAAACUAGCAACAGUUCCGAUGGUUCAUGUGUAUUGUUUUACGAAAGGGGAAAAUCCGCAUCAAAUUGCACGUUCUAUCCUUCAAAACAGUAUGGACUGUGAUAUUUCUGAUUGCAUAGUUGAUGUUUUUAAAGUGCGCACAGUUAGUUCAAUGAAGGAAAUGAUGCGGGUUUCUUUUAGGAUUGAGAGAGAUAUUUUAACCGGUCAGAGACCACGUUUAAUCAAAAGGAGAAUUGACAACAUCACUUUGAUAACUCCAGAGGUUCCAGUAAAAAAAGUUGCAGUGUGUCAUGAAGAAGAAAUAGAAGCAAAAGAAUACAGUUUGCAGUGUCCUGAAAAAAAACAACAAACACAAAAUUAAAAAUCUCAUGAAGUUAAAUACAACGUUUUAAAAAA